UUAAACAUUUCCCAUGGACCUUGUGCUGAUUUUACAAAAUAGGCGUAUGCGUUGGUGUGCUACUGCCAUCUACUGGAAACAUUCACUCUGCACUCAAAUGACUGAUCAAUUGAGAACUUGGGUCCUCGUUCGUUCGCAGUGGUGUAAUUUACCUGGAAGGAUAGCUUGUGUUGAUGACGCGUGCGCAAACGUAAUUUAUAGUUGCAUGCAUUUGUUUGGAAAAGCCCGGGAGAAAAGAUGAGUUCGGCGAUAAUCAAUUCAAACAAGCAUACAAACAAGCAACACUGUUUAUCUGCGUCGUGAAAUCAUUUUAAUCCCUCACUCAACAGAACCUGCACACGGUGAACAAAAUGGAACAGGAUGCUCCUACCAAUUUCAAAUCUUUGAGGGCAAAGUUCCAGGAGUCAAAGGCAAAAGACAGACCUCCCGUUCCAGAGAGGCCAAAACGACUGCCUUCCACAGUGGUUCGCUACGGGCCACAACCUUCUUUCAUUAGGUCAAUCACACCAGUGGAGGACCAGACGCCCGUCUGCUCAAAGGCCACACUCAGGCAUGACCACAAGCUACCAGUGUCACUACCUGUACACACCCUACAAACCACCACGCUCAGGCAUGACCACAAGCUACCCGUGUCUCUACCUGUACACACCCUACAAACCACCACGCUCAGGCAUGACCACAAGCUACCCGUGUCUCUACCUGUACACACCCUACAGACCACCACUAAUCCGGCCACUGGUUCAACCCACAAUCAGAUUUCGAAAGCAGCCUUCAAACACCGCCACCUGCCCCUUGUGUUGCCCAUUCCAUUUUCAGGCGAGCUCAAGCUCCACUCUGUGUCCCCGCCUAAUGGGGUGUCUUCACCAGUUAGAGGCAAGAAGAAGCCCAUGAUAAUGCCUUUCAAGUCUAUUGUUACGUCAAGAUUUGGCAAGGGGCCUUUGGAGAAUGGCGAGCACACCAUCAGUGUGGAGAAAUCCAAGGCAGUGAAUGGGUUCUACACAAAUGGUGAGAGUUUCAACCCAGGAUCUGUCAGCCCAAGUCCAGAAAAAAAUGCAACUUCACCACCAGCUGAUGGGAUGGAGGGUUCCAGCACAGAGGGGUGUGCAUCGCAGACAUCUCACCAGCGUGUCCUCAGCACCCUAGAAAAGGCCAAAAGGAAGUUCUCACCUAAGCAGCUUUUGGAGUACGCCAAGCCUAAGAGUUUUCACUCCCGAAAUUCAUCUCCGUCAGCUAGUCCCCCACCCCCACCUGUGGACUAUGAGAAUAUGAUCACAGAACCGGAGCCACCAGUCCCCCUGCCAAAGAGUAUCCCACAUACCAUUCCUCUACAUGCUCCUCCCACACCCCUUAAGAGCAAUGGUGUCUGUCUUAAUUAUGCCACAGUCAGUCGUAAUAAAGGGAGUCACCUUGACCUGUCCGCUCAGGCUCCACCGGUGAAAAUGCUUCCUGACUUGCAGUCUCUUGGCCCUAAGCCAGUGAAGCCCCCUAGACCCCCACUGGUCGACCUCAAGCCAUUCAGCACCUCAAACGAGUUUGAACAAAAUGGUUUGCUCACAGCAAGGGCUUCUGCAUCAUCUCGGGAGGUACAUUUGGACCACCAUGUGCUGGAAGCUCCUGUGUUCCCAGACUUUGACCACUCAGAACCAGAAAACUUGGACCACAAUGCAUUUGCUGUAGCUAAUGUAGAUAUGCCUCCAGUGCCAACUGGAACAUUGGGAGAAGGGGAGUUGCCACCACCUGAUCUAGUACACUUGAACUGUAAGAGCUCCAGUGUACCUUCCACCUGCGGGCAGGUAGCUUCCGAAACUCCUGAACCUCCCGCCCUUCCUCACCAUGCAGACACCCAACCAGUCCCUGUGCCAGAAACGGAUGGCGCUGAGGAGAUAAAUUCAGAUUGUGUACUGAGCAGCACACCGGCUACUGAUUCUAUUGUGACCAGUGAACUUGCCUCAGAGCAGAGUCCCAGCUUUUAUGAACAUUGUGACAACAUAUAUGAAGAUGUGGCCCCUGCGACCAAGUUCCCCUUCAGUCAAAACUCCCGCAAACACAAAGGAACCCCAAAGAAUCCAUAUGCUACUCCACCCGUGAACGAGCUGACACGGAAGACCGUUCGGUCCAUCACUGCCUGGACUAAAGAAACCGGAGAACACAUUACUUUGACGCGCAGAAAUAGCGGCAGUAGAAAGGAGCGUGGGAGUCCGGAGACUCAUGAAAAGAAAGAGCAGAGGAAGAAGGAGAAACAGCACCUAGAAAAAGAGAAGAAGGAGCAAAAGGAGAGACAAAAGCGAGAAAAUGAUAUGAAAAAGAAAUUUAAAGUCACUGGACUGGAGGAGCCCAUGUACAUUGCUAAGGUAUUGGUGGACAGCAAAGUCCGAAAGCACGAUUUGCCGGUGAAGAGUGGCGACACAGUCAGCAUCAUCCGCAUCACCAGCUGCCCCAAAGGCAAAUGGCUGGCGAGGGAUGCCACACAUAGGUAUGGCUACGUGUCACUGAAGAGCUUGGAGCUGAACAUUAAGGAGAUGCUGGAGCUGGGGAAGAAGCCGUCUCAGACAGCUGGUCUGGCUGCUAAUGAAGGGGACACAGUCAGCCUAGGGUCAUCCACACCGAACCCCACACACAACAGCAGCUUCUCUGAUGAUAGUGAGGAAUGGACGUUUGACGAGGAGACACUGUCUCCAACCACAGACAUGCCCGCGUGUCGAUCGAUGUCAAUGCCAGAGAUGUUUGGCAGUGAUUGCAGUACGCAUCAGACUCAACUUGAUGACACUGUGAAUGGUGUGACCGCACAAACCAGGCAUGAAGCACUUCAGAAGCUGGCCAUUUUCUUUCAACAGUCAAGGGGAAGCUUUGAUGAUACCACUGACAAUGGAGGAGCCACCCCAACAAACACUGACAAUACAGACAGCAACAGGGGGAGGAUUUUGACCUUUCAGACGUGGCGUUUCUGCCUCCUCCAGAGCUGUACGCUGACACCUUGUGAAGUUUAACGGUUGAGUGGUGUCUGGUCUUCCCUCGCUGUCACCUGAUCUAUACCUAGCUCUUCGGGGGGGGGGGGGCAGCAUUGUUCUGUGCAAUUUAUA